AUGGGAAGCAGAGCCGCUGUCUCCACUGCUCUCCGUGCAACCUUAUCGAGACAGGCCAGGAGAGCUCCGGCUGUUGGGGUCAGAUCCUUCACCUCAAAGCCGAGAGUCAAUAAUGGAGCCAAUUAUGCUCGCUUGGUUCCUGUCGUCGCGGCUUCUACUGGCCUUGCUCUCGGCUACUACCUCUACCAGCGUGGCUCUACCCCGGUCCGUAUGGACUUGACACCGCCAAAAUGCCACAAUUGCGUAGACGAGAGCAUCCCAAAGGAAGAGAAGGGGGGCGACUGCGGCUCAAUGGAAGGCAGGGGUCUGGAUUGUUGCUCCAAAGAGGGCUCUAUUGCUAUGGUCCCUGCUAUUGGUGGAGACCCCAACAUACAAGUAUUCGAACCUAUCACCGAGAAUGGUGUCCAGCUGGCAGAUCUUCCCGUUGAAAAUGCCGUUCUUACAACCGCUCCCAAUGUUCCACCAGCCAUCACAAGAGAUCACCCUGCUCUUGUCAAAGUCCCACUUGUCACUACAACCAAACUUGCACAGCUCACAAGCCAGUACAAGUAUGAGCAGUGGACUUUCAACGGCACAGUACCAGGACCCUUUAUUCGGGCCAAAGUAGGCGAUGUCGUGGAGCUCAGCCUUACAAACAAGGAUCCGGCUGGCAAUCCGCACAACAUCGAUUGCCACGCCUUCACAGGACCCGGAGGUGGCGCUGCUGUAACAACAGCUGAAGAGAACGAGACGAAGACUGCUCGCUUCAAGCUGCUCUACCCAGGACUCUACGUGUACCACUGCGCCGCAGCGCCAGUGCCCGUUCACAUCGCCAAUGGCAUGUACGGGCUGAUGUAUGUGCAGCCAGAAGGCGAAGAUCUUCCUCCCGUGGACAAAGAAUACUACGUCAUGCAAAGCGAGUUUUACCAUGAGCCCCCAGAGGUCGACGAUGAUGGACGUCGUUCUGAGAUUGUCGAAUUUUCCUAUCCCAACGGUCUGCGAGAAGAACCUCAAGUUGUCGCCUUCAACGGCAGUGAAUCCGCUCUCACAAGAGACAAGCCCCUCAAGGCAAAUGUUGGCGACAACGUCCGAAUCUUCUUUGGCAACGCUGGCCCCAACUUGACGAGCUCAUUCCACAUUAUCGGCUCCCACUUCAAGAACGUGUACCGAGACGGGGGUGUUCUCAACCCACCAUCACAAGGCAUCCAGACAGUCUCGGUUCCUUCCGGCGGCUCAACAAUCGUGGACCUCAAGAUGGCAGUUCCAGGGACCUACACCCUAGUAGACCAUGCCAUCUUUCGUCUGGACAAGGGAGCUGUUGGCUUCCUCAAUGUGUCAGGGCCGCCAAACCCAGCCGUGUAUCAGAGCCCUCAACCGCCCAGGCCAUGUGUGGGAUGUAAGUUGCAUGCCUGA